UUCAGCGGAAGUAAACAAUAGAAGGCUAGUAACAUUAGCUACCAGGGUUCCUGCUGUUUACCGUCGGUUAGAAAGAGGUUUCUGCUGUGUGAGCUGAAUGCUUCUGCAGUAACAAUAUCUUCAGUCCUUCAUCGGAGAGCGACUCGCUGCUGCUGCAGAAAUAUUCAACAACAUCGACUUUUAGGAGGAAGAGAUCGACCAUCAGCUCAGACUGAUGGUCGAUCAGUCUGAGCUGGAAAACCCAAAUGAUCUCGGAACCUCCAGGUCUUCUACAGCACCAUGUCUGUUACUACGUGGAAGGUUGUUGCGGAUCACUUUCUCAUAAAUGAAGAAAGAAACUCUACUCUUGAUCAAACGAUAUCAGACACUGUAGAUUUAAACAAGCAACACGAGGAGCCAGAAGUACAGCAGAUCAAUGAAAUGAAAGAGGAACCAGAACUUCAAUAUAUUAAUGAAAAACAGGAUGAAAAACUGCUUUUAGUGAAGCAGGAGACCAACGUCUCUAUAAUGAGUUCUGAUGAUGAGCAAAUAUUCCACAAUGUACCGGAGGUGAAGGUGGUCCACAUUAAAGAGGAACAGAAGCAAAUCUGCAAGGAUCUGGAUGGACAUUUUGUAGUGAAGCAGGAGAGUGACACCUUAAAGUUGACUCCUUCAUAUGAGAAAAUCUUCCACCAAAAAAAUGAACUUGGAAAUAGUAAACUGGAGGAGCCAAUACAGAUCAUUGAAGUGAAAGAGGAACCAGAAGCUUGGCAAGUAAAAGACAAACAAAUUGAACUCUGCAUCUUUCAGGAUGUAGGGGAAGUUUUGGUGAAAAGGGAUGCUAGUCGCUGUACUCAGACUCCUCCUGUAGACCAAAAACACUCCAGUGAAACAAUUAAGAAUCAUCUACCAUCUUCUGCACCCCCUGAAGCCGAACACCAACUGCAGCAAGUAAUCAAUCAUCAAAGCUCCGGAUCAAAUGAUAAGAGAAAGCUGAAGGAGAAAAGACACAAAAAAUACAGAAAACAAGGUGAUUAUGUGGACAACACUGAGCUAAAAAGACAUAAAAAGAAAUUACCUUUAUGUGAUGUGUGUGGCAAAUGUUUCACCACUCGACAAAUCCUAACCGUGCACAUGAGGACUCAUACAGGAGAGAAGCCUUUUGCUUGCAAACUAUGUGAUAAAUCUUUCAUUAACAGCAGUAAUUUGAUUUGUCACAUGCGAACGCACACAGGCGAGAAGCCUUUCUCCUGUGGGACCUGUGGGAAAGGUUUCCCCAGGCAACCUGCCCUGACUGCACACAUGAGAACUCACACAGGUGAGAAGCCGUAUCCCUGUGAGUUGUGUGAAAAAGCCUAUCGAGAUCGUAGUAAUUUGGUACGACACAUGAGAACGCAUACAGGUGAGAAACCUUAUUCCUGUAGAGUUUGUGGUAAAUCCUACAGUGGCAGUAGUCAGUUGGCUUAUCACAUAACAACUCACACAGGUGAGAAGCCUUUCUCAUGUCUGACUUGUGGAAAAGCUUUCAACAAGCAAAGCACCUUGACAGUCCACAUGAGAACUCACACGGGUGAGAAACCGUACUCCUGUGACAUGUGUGAGAAAUCUUUUCGAGAGAAUAACGAUUUGACUUGUCACAUGAGGACUCACACGGGUGAAAAGCCGUAUUCCUGCGAAUUGUGUGAGAAAUCUUUCAGAUGGAGAAAUGUUCUCAAUCGACACAUGAGAACUCACAGAUAAGAUGCAAUCUUGUCAUGAAUUAUGUGAUGAAUUCUUCACUGUCAAAUGCACAUUGACUUAACAGUAUUUAUCUUAAGAUAUUUUACUAAACUGGUAAAAAUACCAUUUGUUACUUAAAAUCAGAUCAGAAUCAGAAUAGUUUUAUUUUUAUUGUACAGAAGCACAACAAAAUGUGUUUCAGUACAACCCAACCAAAGAAGAACGGGUUCCAGGGGCUGAUGCCUCUGGGGGGCGCCGUCCUUUAUAAAAACGGGCUUCACUUAUUUUGCAAACAGUCCAACUUCUAUAUUUUGAGUCACAGAACCAUCUAUUGGUCAAGAAAAUAAUAAUUUUGAAUAAUCAAGCCUCUUGUACAAGCGCUUGAGUAGAUUUCAAACUGAAACAUGGACUUAAAUCCAGAAAACUAUGUGACACCGAACGAAUCCAAGAACUUUCCACUGUAAGCCCCUAAUAAACAAUUUCUCCACA